AUGUCUCCACAAAUCGUAAACCAGCAGGACUGGAUCGAGGCCAGCAAAGUGCUCCUCGAAAAGGAAAAGAAACUCAUGCGCGCCGCCGACGACCUCAGCGCCGCCCGGCGCGAGCUCCCCAUGGUCCGCAUCGACAAGCCCUACUCCUUCCUCCCCGCCACCACCUCCUCCGCCGCCGCCGUCGCCCCCCUCUCGCUCAGCGACCUCUUCGACGGCAUGGACCAGCUCAUCGUCUACCACUUCAUGUUCGCCCCCGGCGACGACGACGAGGGCCGUGACGUCUGCCGCGGCUGCACCCACGUCGCCGAGUCCCUCCCCGACGCGCGCCACCUGCGCUCCCGCCGCACCCAGCUCGCCUGCGUCUCGCGCGCGCCGCCCGCCCGCCUCGCCGCCUACCAAGAGCGGUGCGGCUGGACGGACACGUUUCCCUGGUACUCGACCGCGGCCGACCCGGACAACGCGUUCAACCGCGACUUCCACGUCUCGGUCGACCAGGGCAGCGCGGGCGCGUACGCGGGCACGCCGGGCAGCCUGCUCAACUUCCGCAGCAGGGCCGAGGUCGCGGCGCUGGGGCGCAGGCCGUACACGGGCGAGUACUUUGGCUUCAGCGUCUUCUGGAAGGACGAGGAGGGGCGCGUGUUUCACACGUACUCGACGUACGGGAGGGGCGUGGAGAGGGUGUCGGCGACGUUUGCGCUGCUGGACAUUACGCCGCUGGGAAGGCAGGACAUGCCGGAGGGACCGGCUGCAUUCAAGGUGAGACAUGAAUAUGAAAAGGAGGCUUGA